AAAAUUUUCUAACUAUCACAUUUUUAAAAAAAUAAAUUUAUUAUUUCAAUUCCUUGUUCACCAAAGCAUCUAGAUUGUGGACAGAGAGGAAUAACUGUCCAAAGACUUGCAUUACCAUAACCAGCCAUGAAACACUCUUGUCAAAAAACAGAACAACCAUUCUAAAAUUCAAAAGAACCUCCAGAUCAACAAACCAAACAAACACACUAGCUAGACACCACGCGGCCUCUCUUUCUUUCUUCAUCUUCACUCUGUCCCAACAGGGCCAACCCAAUUGACACAAUAUUUCCAACCAAACUCCGCCAAAUGAUGCUUCGGUGUCCCAUUACCUUAUUUAUCCUCAUAUUCUGGUCAUGCUGGAUUCUUAAUGGCGUCGUUUCGGACCCUCAGACCAAUCUUCUAAAGAGAGGGUGCAGCCCACCGAACCAGUUCGUGGUGUCCAACUACACGAUCUUCAAUGAAAGCCUAAACUCAACGCUGCGAGAAAUCGAACAACAGAUCGGUGAUCAAAACAAGCACUCCGCCACCGCACGGCGAGGCAACGGAGGAAGCCCUAUUUCCACUCUUUUCCAAUGCAGAAACUAUCUCUCCGUUGCUGACUGUGGCAGGUGCCUAGACAUCGCUGCCGAACAAAUCCGCAACUGCUCCGCCGGGUCCUACGGUGGUCAUGUCGUCUACGAUGGCUGCUUCCUCAGGUACGAGGCUGGUGAUUUCUAUGGCGAGACGACAGGGUCUUUGACUAAAGUAUUGUAUGGUGAUCAGAAUGCCAGAGAAGCCAUUGCAUUCACUGAAACUGCACAAAAUUUGCUAAUGAAUCUCCAAACAGCAACACCCAGAAUUUCAGGAUUCUUUGCAGCCACAAAGAUGCAAGUGCCUAAUAAUGGUGAAACUAUUUAUGCCUUUGCCCAGUGUGUUAAUACUGUCACGCAAGGUGGUUGUCUAGAUUUCGUAACGACUGGGUAUAGCAAUAUGCAGAUUUGCUUUACCUAUUCAGAGGGUAGGGCUUUUGAUGCUGGUUCUUUUAUGAGAUAUUCAACCACUUCUUUCUUUGCUGAUAAUCAGACUAUUGAUAUCACUCCCUUGGUCAAACCAGAUUCAUCAAGCAAUAAGGCGACAAUUAUUGGCGGAGUUGUUGGAGGCGUAGCACUUGCUCUGAUCCUCCUUGCAUUAUUUGCUUGGAUUAGACGACCAAAAAGCCCCAAGAGAGUUCCUAGAGGAGAUAUAACUGAAACAAGUAAGUUGAAAGGCCCAGUUACUUAUAGUUAUCAGGAUUUGAAGUCUGCAACCAAAAAUUUCAGUGAUGAAAAUAAACUAGGAGAAGGAGGAUUUGGUAUUGUAUACAAGGAAAAAAAGAAAGGUUCUCUUGACUGGAAGCAACGAUAUGAUAUAAUUUUAGGAACAGCACGUGGAUUAGCUCAUCUACAUGAGGAAUUUCACAUUUGUAUAAUACAUCGAGACAUAAAGACCAACAAUAUCCUCCUAGAUGAUGACAUGCAACUUAGAAUUGCUGAUUUGGACUGGGAAGAUUUUUACCAGACAACAAAUCUCAUCUUAGCACAAAUUUUGCAGGAACAUUUAUUGAAAAUUAUUAGUGGUAGAAAAAGUAAAGAAUUGAAAGUUGAUGGUGAUGCUGAAGGUGAAUUCCUCCUUCAAACGGCAUGGAAACUAUACGAGAGCAGCACGCACUUAGAGUUAGUGGACAGUACCUUAGACCCUAAUGAGUAUGAUGUGGAAGAAGUGAAGAAAAUCAUAGAGAUUGGUUUGCUUUGCACUCAAGCAUCUCCUGCGAUAAGGCCAACAAUGUCUGAAGUUAUUGUUUUGCUGCAAAACAAGGGCUUAUUAGAGAACGUAAGACCGACUAUGCCUCUCUUGCUUGAAACUAAUUAAAAGCACAUGGAUACGCCACUGCCUCUUUCGCUUCCCCUACGCCCAAUGCCUUGAGUUCUAUACCAUCAGCAAUAUUAUAAUCGUUAUUUGCAGGAAAUGUGUGGUUAUGAGUGAAUUUGAGUUUUGAAUAAUCAAGAAGUGGAAAAAUUAUGGAGCCUUUAUUUUUUUUUCCUAUUUUGCCCUUUGUUACGCUUUGCAAGUGAUGGGUCAUAGCAAGUAAUAUAAAGUAAA